GAUGCUGAGCCCUUCCCCAAACGAUCCGGCUAGAAAUCUAGGAAGCGCUGAUCCAGAGCGCACAGAGACAGCUGUGUUGCUCCUCUAUCGCGGGGAUGGUAUGGCCAGAGUAGUGAGAGAAGGGGCUCUGUUACACCCAGCAGGAACUAGGUGCUGUCCCGGGCCUAGACUCCCCGCCCGCUCCUUUGCUCGCGCACACCCGGAUCCUUCGUCGCGGGGAGGCUGUUUCCGCCCGGCCGCGGUGGGCGUGACGCAACGUCCAGCGCGCGCUUUUCAUGCCUUGGCGUUUCCUUUGGCGGAUUUUCUGUUUUCCGAAGUUGCUCGGUUCGUUUUAUUCAGCGGCAGUGGUGCUUCCCCGAAUCUCAAAAUGCCUGUUAAAAGAUCACUGAAAUUGGAUGAUCUGUUAGAAGAAAAUUCAUUUGAUCCUUCAAAAAUCACAAGGAAGAAAAGUGUUAUAACUUAUUCUCCAACAACUGGAACUUGUCAAAUGAGUCUAUUUGCUUCUCCCACAAGCUCUGAAGAACAAAAGCACAGAAAUGGACUAUCAAAUGAAAAGAGAAAAAAAUUGAAUCACCCCAGUUUAACUGAAAGCAAAGAAUCUACAACAAAAGACAAUGAUGAAUUCAUGAUGUUGCUAUCAAAAGUUGAGAAAUUGUCAGAAGAAAUCAUGGAGAUAAUGCAAAAUUUAAGUAGUAUACAGGCUUUGGAGGGCAGUAGAGAGCUUGAAAAUCUCAUUGGAAUCUCCUGUGCAUCACAUUUCUUAAAAAGAGAAAUGCAGAAAACCAAAGAACUAAUGACAAAAGUAAAUGAACAAAAACUGUUUGAAAAGAGUACAGGACUUCCUCACAAAGGCAUUAAGAAGAAAUGCACUCACCAUGAGCACCAACUUCUGCAUCUGCCUGAUCAUAUUUAAAGGAACAGAGAAAUAUUUGUAAUUAAUCUGCCCAGUAAAUACCAGCUCGUAGCAGUCGGCAGGUGCAUGUCUAGAUAAAAUUUCUUGCAGCUAAUUUAAACUUUCUACACACACCAGUAGAUAAUCUCAAUGUAAAUAAUACAUUUCUUCUUGGCUCUUUAAUGUAAGCCAACACAGAGAGGAAGAUCUUGACUUAUAUUCUGUACCACAUACGCUUCUGUGGACUUUUAGCAUUUGUGGGUAGACUUAAUAAAGCAUGCAUAAAAGUGGCACCUUUGGUAGAACUAUAUAUUUUCCUGAAAUUCAGAUUAAAUGUAAUGAUGAGUGGAAUUAAGUACCAGUUUUCCCGUUUAAAGCCCCAGCUGCUUAUUAAUUUAUAGAUUCUUUAAAAAAAAUUUUUUAAAGAUUUAUCUAGUCUAUUGUGUAGCCACUAUCUCAGGAGUGAGUUUUUAUUUUCCUAUGCUUAUAGAGAAAAAAGCAUUUUCAAGGUUUUAAAAUUUUAUACCAUUUAUAAAAUAUUAGAAUGUAUUUUUUCAGUAAAAUGUUUAAAAUAUGAAGUUUUUUUAACUAAACUACGAAGAGUAUUGAAUUUAAAGAAAAGACCUUUAUUAAGGGGCAAUAUGUGAUCCAUUCCAAAUUAUUUUGAAAUAUUAAAUUUCAGUUAUUCUGUGGUGUUUUCUGUCAUCAUCAUGUUUUUGUUGUCACUCCCAAAAUAAAGGGGAGGAGGGAAUCACAGAGUAUGUUAUCUUGAUAGUGAAACCUAUGUUUUUCUUGACCAUUUCUGUAGGGAAAAACUGCUACUCCUUUGGUACUUGCCCUAAGUUUUAACAAAAUUAGUGGAAAAUAUUACCAUGUCAUUUGAAUAUAUCAUGAAAAAUAAAAACUACAAGAAAAUCUGAAACAAAAUGUAACAAAUUAAGGUUGAAAAUUUUCCACUGCAUGCAAUGGCACAAGCCUUUAAUCCCAGCUGCUACUCAGGAGGCUGAAACAGGAGGACUGCUUGAACCCAGGAGUUUAAGACCAGACUGGGCAACACAGCAAGAUACCUAUCUCAGAAAAAAAAGAAAAUAACUCACUUUCCACUUAGAGAAAUUUUAGAUUCACCUUUUUAAAAUGAAAGGUUUUUAAAAACUGUUAAUAUAAAUUAUAUAAAUUACCUUCACUAAUUAUUGUCUUCAUACUGUUUAAGAAAUUUAUUGAUACAGUGCUUAUAAUAGGAUGUUACCAAAAAUAUACUAAAAAAGGAUUAUUCUAGCAUUGAAAACUAACCUUAGGUUACAAGCCAAAACAUUUUAUAAAGUAAUCUAUGUUAGGUAAUACAGGGUUAAGAAGUAGAUUGGUUUCAUACAUAAUCCAAGUUAUAUAGGUAUGUGCUUAAUGCUGUUAAACCAGUUACUGUAUGUUUGACCUCUUGAUAUACUCAGCUUUUGCCUUUUAGAACAGCUGGGUCUGCUGAGAAUCAUUUCCCAGUUCUUUUCACUGUAGAUCAGAUGACUCUUACUUUAUCACCCUUGGAGGCCACAUGAAGGACAAAGCAGAAAGAUCCACACACACAACUAAUAUUUAUAUGAGGGGAGGGGGAGUUGCGGGGGAUAUACUUAUCCUGAUCUUCCAAUGAACAUAACAGAAGAGAGACCAAUUGAGACUUGAAACCAUUGUGUUACUUUAACCAUUAUUUAGUUAUAUCCUAUCCAUCUCUUUCUCUCUGUUGAACAGAGAGGCUCCUUUGGCUGCCUUGACUUUUGUAAAUGUUUCACUCAAUUUGUUGUGGUUUAUCAUUUGGACAGAAUGCUACAUCGGGGAUUUUUCGCCCCCCCCUAAGUCCUCAAGGGAAAAUGACUUCUGUAUGCCUCAUAUAUGAUACAUGAACAUACACCCUAUUCUCUUCAUUUUAAGAAGCAAACCUAAGUUUAUUGGCAGCUGAGAAAACUGCAUUUCUCAGAAAUGCCUCCUCCAUCUAAAAUGUACUUCAACAUAACUUUGAAGGGCUUAUUUUUUGACAGGUAUAUUAAUGAAGAAAGUGAGAAAUCUAUCUAUCUUUAAUAUUUUUGCAUAACCUAAAUAUAUUUGUAUGAAAACAUCCCUAUAGCCCUGAGUUUAGCUAAGAGAAAUGCUUUGGAAUUGCCUACUUCUGUGAUAAUUCAUCACUGGGUAUUUUUGAUAUUUUGCUUUUUUGGAGAUGGUGUCUCACUGAUCUCAAGCGAUCAUCCUGUGUCAGCCUCUCAAAUAGAGACCGCUGUGCCUGGCCUCUGUUUCUGGUAUUUUGUUUUGGUAUUUUGGAACCUAAUCCCUCUAAGUUCAAUGUAAACUCUUAAACUGGUUUUUAAUAGAUAUGAGGGAUACUUACAAGAUAACUGCUACAAGUCUCUAUAAAAACUAUAGUGCAACUCAAUAUGAUUAGAUUAAAUCAUCUGAAGAAUGAUUUAAGAAUUUACCUAUAUGGUACCUUACAGAAUUUACCUAGAUGAUACCUGGAAUCAGGUGCAUUUCAUUUUACUAAUAUAUAUACGUAAUACAUUUAUUUCCAAAUAAUAAAAUUAUUCUACUCCAA